GGCCGCUCACAAAAAAACAAGAUGAGUCUACGAUGAACAGACCAAGGGAUGAAGAUAUUCGAGACCGUCGUAAGAAGCCUGUGAUGCUCUUCAUCCAUGGGGGCUCCUACAUGGAGGGCUCAGGGAACUUGUUUGACGGCAGCGUCCUCGCCGCCUAUGGAAACGUCAUCGUGGUAACCAUGAACUAUCGCCUCGGUGUGCUUGGUUUUCUCAGCACAGGGGACCAGUCUGCAAAGGGGAACUAUGGCCUGUUGGACCAGAUCCAGGCCCUGCGCUGGCUCAAUGAAAACAUCGGCCACUUUGGAGGAGACCCAGAGAGAAUCACCAUUUUUGGUUCGGGAGCUGGUGCCACCUGUGUGAACCUCCUCAUCCUCUCCCACCACUCUGAGGGUUUGUUCCAGAGAGCCAUCGCACAGAGUGGCUCAGCCAUCUCCAGCUGGGCGGUCAACUACAGACCCGUCAUGUAUACCAAGAUCCUUGCGAGAAAGGUCGGCUGCACUCUGGGGGACAUGGCCGCCUUGGUGGACUGCCUGCGGAGGAAAAAUUUCCGGGAGCUGGUGGACCAAGACAUCCAGCCCGCACGCUACCACAUCGCCUUCGGGCCGGUGGUAGACGGAGACGUGGUGCCUGACGACCCUGAGAUCCUCAUGCAGCAGGGAGAGUUCCUGAACUACGACAUCCUGCUCGGUGUCAACCAAGGAGAGGGUCUGAAGUUUGUGGAUGACAAUGAAGGAGAAGAUGGACUAUCUGCUGCAACGUUUGACUAUACAAUCUCCAACUUUGUGGACAAUCUAUAUGGAUACCCUGAUGGUAAAGACAUCCUGAGGGAGACUAUAAAGUUCAUGUACACAGACUGGGCGGACAGGGACAACACUGACAUGCGUAGGAAGACCCUCCUGGCUCUGUUCACGGACCAUCAGUGGGUGGCCCCCGCUGUCGCCACGGCCAAAUUGCACGCAGAGUUCCAGUCGCCUGUCUUUUUCUACACCUUCCACCACCACUGUCAGACCGAGGCCAGGCCCGAGUGGGCGGACGCGGCCCAUGGAGACGAGAUCCCUUACGUGUUUGGUAUCCCCAUGGUGGGAGCCACUGACCUGUUUCCCUGUAACUUCUCCAAGAACGACGUGAUGCUCAGCGCCGUGGUCAUGACUUACUGGACCAACUUUGCAAAGACGGGGGAUCCCAACCUACCUGUUCCUCAAGACACCACGUUCAUCCACACCAAGCCAAACCGCUUUGAGGAGGUCAUCUGGACAAAGUUCAGCUCCAAAGACAAGCAGUAUUUACACAUCGGCCUGAAGCCUCGUGUCAGGGACAACUACCGCGCCAACAAGGUGGCCUUCUGGCUGGAGCUGGUGCCUCAUCUGCACAGCCUCCACAAGGAGAUCAUCAGCUCCAUCACCACUCGACUGCCGCCCGGAGGAACCAACCGCUGGAAGGCCACCCAACGCCCUGGCGGCCAUUCCACACCCGCACCACCAGAUCCUGACCCCGACAGCUCAGAAAGACCCCGCUAUUCCCCCUUCCCCAGCGAGACGAGGGACUACUCCACCGAGCUGAGUGUGACGGUGGCCGUGGGCGCUUCGCUUCUUUUCCUGAAUGUGCUGGCAUUUGCCGCACUGUACUACAAGCGAGAUAAACGCCAUGAACUCAUGCAGAGACGCCACCGCCGACUGUCCCCACAGCGUGGCACCACCAUGGGCAUGGGAGUCGGCAUGGGAGUGGUCGGGUCCCCUCCUCACAACGACCUGGCGCUGAGUCAGGAGGAAGAGCUCAUGUCGUUGCAGAUGAAGCAGCAGAGAGUGGAGCUGGAGCACGGCACCCCGCUCCCUUCCCGCGCUCUCCACGGCGACUUGGAACCCUUGCGGCCCCCGGUGUGUCCGCCCGACUACACGCUGGCCCUGCGGAGAGCACCGGAGGACGUGCCACUGAUGACAGCCAACACCCUCACCAUGAUCCCGAGCACCAUCAGCGGCAUGCAGCCCCUCCACCCCUUCAACACUUACCCCCCUGUCCCAGCCCCGUCCACUACACCCGUCCCCAGCCACAGCAACAAUGCCCUGCCACACCAACACUCCACCACCCGUGUAUAGGACCAGGCACAACCGCACAAACUGCUCCAUACAAUCUCCACCCUCGCCUCCCCUUUCGUCUUCACUUUACCUUUGUCUUUUUUCAUUCAGCCCUCAAAUAAAGCUGCAGUUUGUAAGAUUGUAAGCGGUGGAAUACCUCUAAAAAUGUAAGCAUAAAUCAAGGGGGAGUUGAUUGAAAAAGCUCCCUUGCCAAAAGCCUAUCAUUAAAGGUUUAUACUGCUUUGCUCAACUAAGGUUAUCUUGCUCAUGAGAGCCACCAAAUGCAGCUUAACCCCCUUUACACAAUCAGUCAGUAUUCUUCUGUGUAGCUUGGUUGUUUUUUGCGCAUGUGUUGUUGGGUCAGUGUAAAACUAUGUUUGACAUAGCUGCAUAAAUCCAUUCUCAUUCAUUUAGUGGAAAGAUAAUACAGUAGCGAGCAGCUUUGUAUGAGGCAACAUAUGCCCCCUCAAGCUGUCUGUCAUAAAGCGGUGAUUUCUUGAAACUUACAAAUUGCAGCUUUAAAGGCCCAAUCUGGAAGUGGAACUUGGCACCCUGUGUUGAGCAGUGUCCCAACAGCUGUCUCUUUGUUUGGAUUUUGGAGAUAUUUGUUUAGUGUGAAGUAAAUCAACAGCACCAGAAGUACAAGGAGGAUCUAUUUGACAUUCAAGUAUUAGGUUUUUGGAAAUUUAAAAGAGUAUUUUCUGUGAAUUUACGUACCUGUUUUUAGUUCUGUAGCGUUCCAUAUGCCAUCAAAGAUUAAAAAUGAAGUAUUGUAUUUGAGACAUUUCCAGAUUGGGGCUUCAAGUGUUGGGCGAUACAGGAAAUACCUGAAUCAUUGUCAGUCUGUGGGAUGCAACCUGGAAUCCAGGCUGCCCAUUAGAACUCACUGCAUCUCGGCAGUAAUCGCAUUCAUUACUUUAUUUGUUCCUCGCUCAUUAUCUCUCUGUCUGUGUCCCUAUUUCAGCCCAUUUAACCACCUCUCUCUUUUCCGCCCUUUUUCCUCUCCACAUCUGCCCUGGUAGCUCUUUUUAAUUCAACCAUCGACAUCAUCCACUUCCAUCUUCACUUCUCUCCUUUUACUCGCAAUCACUUCUAGACUCUCUUUUCCUUUUGGAGUCUUUUAUACAAGAAAAAAAAAACACAAAUGUAAAUGAUGUAUUAUUAAUAAAUUGUAAGGAUAUGAAUGAAAAAAAAAAAGAUAUUCUGAUAUCUCGUUUUUACCAGCAUUCUUGGUGCCAAGUACUGUGAUCAAGUUCCUCUUUCACUGGCGUCCAGUGGAGCGCCUGGAGAGGUCCAUCCUGACUCUAUCUUACAAAAGGAAAUACCAUCAUAAAAAGUGCCAACCCCUUCAUCUUUCUGUUUGAUCCACACACUUCAGUUUGUUUUUACUACACUCAAUGUUGCACUGUGGCUGGUCUCUUCUUUAAAGGGAAAUCAGAUUCAAUAUAUCCUUGUUUAAAAAAAUAAUAAUAAUAUACAUUUUUAUUAACUUCUUUGCUGUGUGGGAUAUUUGCAUGAUUAUUUUUUUAUUUUAAAGAGUGUGGACGGAGAAGUAUGUUUGUCAUUUGAUGAUUUGCCUUUUUUUUUUCUUCAUUUGUUUUCUUUUUGGAAAAUCAUUUUUAUUUUUUAUUUUAAUAUCAGCUGCACUUUGUGGUACUUGGGAAAGGGUAUUAAAGUAUUAAGAGAUAACUAUUGUGUAAAACUAUGAUUAUAACAAAGAGUAAAUAUUUCCUCUUUAUUUUUUUCAUUUCCUAACACUGAGGCUGUGCCGCAACACUACCAGAGACUGAUGAAAGACUUUUUUUCUUUGCGCCCUCUUUUCGCUCUGUUUCUCUAUCUUUUGCAACUGUCAAGUCUACAGUCACUGUAUCUCAAUCUCACUUGAAGAUAGCACUUUUUUGAGUUACAAGAAGAAGAAAAAAAAGAAACAACUACUUUACAUGAAUAGUCUAAAUAAGGUUUUUGUCUGUGACUGACAUUAACCACAAGCUUCAAGUGUUGGGAGACUGCCUGACGGUUUUAUCUUUACGUCUGCUCUUUUGUUGUUUCAUGAUUCUCCCCCCCCCCCACAGCAAUGCGGGGGUGGGGGGGAUAGGAUAAGAUAUUUAUGAUGGUCAAAAGGUGAGAUAGCCUUGUAUGCGCGUUUCACAUCUUUCGCACAACUGAACACAGAGAUGGGUCACACUCUGGACAAUUCUGAACAAAAAAAAAAACAAACAGUGGCAUUAGGACAACACUGGACAAAUGCUGAUGACAUAUCUCGUCAGCUGAUCUGUCAGUGAACAGAGGAUGCGUUCUAAAAACCUGAUUUAAAAAAAAAAAAAAUCUUUAUUGACAGACAUUACUUGUACACCACAUACCACAAAAACAAGGCAAGUGGGAUUUCAUCUGCCCUCCUUGCAAUGCUCUGUAUCCUGUCUGCUUAGGAUAGCGACACUCUGGAUCCAGACUGCCAUCCCACACACUGGACUGGAGCGUGCGCAAGGACUAAACCAACUAAAAACCAACACAUGAAACAAACUGUACAUUUUUUAAGUGUAAGAGAACAAACUGGAAUUUGUAAAUAUUAUGUUUGUCGUUUGGUUUGAGUGAUUGGCCGGAUCUUUUCUUUGUGACAGCAGGUGCAAGUUUCGACGACGUACAUGAUUUGUUUAGCACUCAUGUUUGAUUCUCCUUUAUUUCCUAGAUCUCAAGGGCAAGUUCCAACAGGUAAUUGACAACAUGAAUACACCUGUUUGCAUACAGUAGUCGUUUAAAAAAAAAGAAAAAACACAGCAUGGUUUAGGUUGAGUUAAAAACUAAAAAAGGAACGCUAGGCGUAAGGCUCAGGGUAGCUUGUGGUGGUAAACAUGUUCUGACUGCAGGGAUGGCUGUUUAAAGCAGAAUAUCCACACCUUGUCCUUAUUCUUUCAGUCAUGAAGGCAGCUUCGGAGUGAAAUGAGUUCUUUCAUUGGUUAGAAAGCCAAAGAACAGCUGCAUAGAACAUAUGACUGACAGGUCAAAUAAAUCUGUUCAAGAUAACGCCAGAAAAAACAAGAGAUAGGACAGGUGUUUGAAAUGUGCUCAAAACAAACCACAAAUCAAGGAUUGUUUUCUUAUGAUGCUAUUUGUCAGUGUCUCACGUUGUCUUGAGCAUCGUCAUACAGUGUUACCCUUAAUUGGGAGGUAGACGAGUCCUUUGUACUCUUCCGUCUUAUUUCAGACUCUUAUUGUGAUGGUUGUUUUGCUACCUUUUGCAUAUUUGUCUGCACAUUCUGUUUUGGGGACUGUUGACCCAGCUGUUUGGUGUGAGUUUGAGUUGCCCACGCUUCUAGGAACAGCAUUACUAAGAUUUUUUUGCUUGUUUUUUGUUUUUUUUUGUUUUUUCAAAACAAGGGUUUGGACAGCCAACAGGUAAUGGAAGCACACUCACCAAGUUUACAUGUUUACACUACAGUUUUGAUGUUGGCUGGAGGUCAGAGAAAAAAAGAAGAAGAAAAAAAGCAUUACAAAGAUUCCAAGUAUCUUCUUAGUACAACAUUUAUUCCUGGAAUGGUUAAGUGAAGGCUUGCACCUGUUUGUCUGUUUCCUUUAGUCUGAUUCAGUAACCUGCUUGAAGCUCAAGAUACUGUGAGAGAGCAUAAUGAUCAGAAGGGGUUGAAGAAUUAAAGUUAAUAUUUCUAUUUCAAAUAGAGGCUAUUACACACUGUAUGUUGUGUAUAUGAACUGGAAAACAUUAAAAGAUAUUCUUAAACAAA